GUGACAUUCUAACGUCCCCUGGAAACGGAACGGUCUAGCCAUUUUGCUAGCUAACAAAAUGUACAUUACUAUUUCUGUUUUAAACUAGCUAACGUUAUGCUUUUACAUAUGCUUUUGAAUCCAACAUAGGCCUAGCUAGAUUAUAUCAAAUAAAGUGUUACAAAGUAACAGUGACAAGCGCACAGGCUACAAGGGUCAUCAGACGGACAAAGAUAACCGUAGCAACAAAGUGAAAUUGCUGCAAACCUAUGCAACUUGUGAGUUUAGCGUAUCAUAAAUUCAUUGGUGAUUAACCAAGCAAUAAUUACUCUCCUCAAAUGACAGAUUUACCGACAAGAACACUGCAGCACAGAUGAGUAAUUGUGACUAUUUGUAACCAACCAAAAACCAUGCCAAUAGUGUAUUGCUGUGUGGAAAGAAGCAACAUCAUCUUUGCUGAUCUUGCGCUCAGAGGUGGAAGGUUUCAGGAGGCAGCAUUGAGUUUUCUGAGACCGCUUCCGUUUGGAGCUCUGUAUCGAAGGUCCAUACAAUUGGAUGGGUUCAGAUACCACAUCCUGUCAGAGGAUGGCGUGUCCUACGUCUGUGUCACAGAGCUCAGCUAUGAGUCCAGGAGGGCCCAUGAAUUCCUUAACCAGAUCUGCAGUUUCUUUGCUAACAGCCCCCUGAUAAAGAAAGCGGCCUUUGCCCAGCCGUAUGAAUUCAGCUCUGACCUGCAUCAGGUGCUUGGACAGCUGAUGGCUGACUACAGUUCUCAACAGCCAGCCUCCUCUAAGCUGGACUCGGUGCAGGGCCAAGUCAACGAAGUCAAAGUUAUACUCAAAGACAACAUUAACAAAGUGCUGGAGAGGGGAGAGAGGUUAGAUGACUUGGUUGACAAGACACAUGACCUACAAGCAACUGCAGACUCCUUUCAGAGGACAUCCACGCGGGUAGCCCGGAAGUACUGGUGGAAGAACGCCAAGAUGAUGAUCAUCAUUGGAGUGAUAGUUUUGAUCAUUCUCAUCCUCAUCAUCCUGUUUGCUACAGGUGUCAUCCCCAGUUAAAUCACCUCACAGGCUCCUACAGUACUACAUUAUCAACACGAGGAAAAGGACAAACCACGAUCACCAAGUCAUUUUUUGAAUUUUAUUUUAGUCUCCUCCAAGGUGGAUUGUGCAUAGUAACGUGACAAAAUAUAAUUUCACAUUACGACUUCUGUAAAUAAGCUUCCUGGAAUUUGUUUGGUUGUUUUUGGAUUAUAUGGAUCUGUUCAUUUGAUAUUUGAUAUUUAAUAAGAAUCAUUUCAUAAUG